GGUGGGCGCGCUGCGGCCGCAGUCUGGGCCGUCAGAACCAAUGGCCGCGACGCCGCGCUUCCCAGCCGGACAGUUCCCGCGCAGCGCCCGGCCGGAAGCCAGCUCCGGCCACUUCCUCUCGUGAAGGGCCAGCGCGGGGCGGACGGCCCGGCCCGGUGUGCGGUUGAGCCCGCGGCGCCAUGGCUCACGUCGGCUCUCGCAAGCGCUCGAGGAGUCGCAGCCGGUCCCGGGGGCGAGGGUCGGAGAAGAAGAGGAAGAAGAGCAGUAAGGACGUCUCGAGGAGCUGCUCCGCCUCCGGCUCCCAGGAGAGAAGCAAGCACAAGGCCCGGAGGAGACCACGAUCCAGCUCUUCCUCCUCUUCUUCCAGUUCUUCUAGCUCCUCUUCCUCCUCCUCCUCCUCCUCCUCUUCCUCCAGUGAUGGCCGGAAAAAGCGGGGGAAGCACAAGGACAAGAGGAGGAAGAAGAAGAAGAAAAGGAAGAAGCUGAAGAAGAAAGGCAAGGAGAAGGCAGAAGCACUGCAGGCUGAGGCCCUACCGGGCCCCUCGCUGGACCAGUGGCACAGAUCGGCUGGGGAGGAAGAGGAUGGCCCAGUCCUGACGGAUGAGCAGAAGUCACGCAUCCAGGCCAUGAAGCCCAUGACCAAGGAGGAGUGGGAUGCCCGGCAGAGCAUUAUCCGGAAGGUGGUGGACCCUGAGACAGGACGCACCAGGCUUAUUAAAGGAGACGGCGAGAUCUUGGAGGAAAUCGUAACCAAAGAACGACACAGAGAGAUCAACAAGCAAGCCACUCGAGGGGAUGGUCUGGCCUUCCAGAUGCGAGCUGGGCUGCUUCCCUGAGGGUCCCGGCUAGCCCAGCCUGUGGAUGGUGCUGGUGGCCUGACCUGGAGGCAGGCUGCAGGGGCAGCAGGAAGGCUGAUGGGUACUGUAGGUCUUUCCUCCUGCGGAUUGGCCCAGCCUAGCCUCUUUUCAGGUAUGGGGGAUGGAAGAUGGGGCCACUGGCCUGCUCAGCACCCCCAGCUGAAAGAACACAGCUUCCCAGAUAUUAAAGGCUCCCUGGUUGA